CCAGUUUCGCCAGCAGCCUGGCGGGCGCGAAGAGCAGGAGAGGGUUUCGACGGCCAACAAGCGGGUUUCGAGACCAAUAUUGAGGGCGUAUAAAAUCACCCUCCAGUCCUUCAUCCAUUUGAUCUUUUCUUCUUCUCAUCAGCAUCAGCAUCGAUACCAAACAUCCAAAGAUCAGAUACCAUCCUCACAAACAUCAACGACCAUCUUCCCCAACACACAAACACACAAACACAAACACACAAAUACACAACCCACAACCAUGCGCCACUCCACCCGCACCACUCCCGUCGUCCGCACCCGCAAGCCGAGCCUCCUCUCGCGGCUCACGCGGCCCCGUCCGGCGACCGCGACACGGGCGCCCCGCGCCCGCCGCACCUACGGCCGCAAGCCUCGCACUGUCCUCAACGCACCGGCCACCACCACCGUCACGCACCACCACCGCCGCAAGCCCUCCAUGGGCGACCGCAUCUCGGGCGCGCUGUUGAAGCUCAAGGGCACGCUCACUGGGCGUCCCGGUCAGAAGGCCGCCGGCACUAGACGCAUGAGGGGCACUGAUGGAAGGGGGGCGCAUUCGCAUGUCGGCUCGACUACCACUACGACUACUACUAGGCGCAGAAGAUGGUAGAUGGUAGAUGUCGCGGAGGGAUACAUAGGGGAUGAUCUGUACUUUUACCUGUACUAUUAGUUUCUUUUGUUUUUUUUUGGUGCUUUGUGGAUAGCGACCGGUGGUUUUUUGAUUUGACGACUUAUAACUUUUUUUCUUUUUUUUUUCCUGCGAUAUUUUGGUUGAGAAGGAAUUAUACUUUAUUACUGUCACUCUUUUCGGCCUAUCGUGACGAACAUUCGGAGUGAUAUUUUGUAAUUAAAGCGAGUGAUAUCCUAUGUACCCAUGUACAUUCGCUAAACAGCCUGUUUCACUUGAC